GUGGGGGGCCGCGCGCUCCGCGGCCCUGGGCCGGCUCGUCGCCGUGCGCGGCGCGGUCGCGGGCGCGGGCGGGCCGCGGCCGGAGCUGCUGAGCGGCGCCUUCCAGUGCGGCAGGUGCAAGCGGGAGGUGCGGCACUCGAGGGGCGGCUUCUGCGGGCCGCGGAGCCCCGGCGAGUGCCCGUUUUGCGGCAGCACCGGGCGCUGGACGCUCCUGGAGCGCAGCCAGUUCACCCGCUGGGGCGACCAGCAGCGGGCGCGCCUGGUGCCCGCCGGCGCGCAACCAGUACAGGGGGCGCCUUUGGCCAUCGACGUGAUCUUUCAGGGCAGGGACGCCUGCCGCUCGUGCGAGGCGUGCAAGCUGGCCGCGGAUGUUGUCAUCAACGGCUGCUUUGUUGCGGCGCCUCACGGGGAGGAGGUCUCUGAAGAUCCUGCUUCGGGUCAGCGUCGGCCGCGGUCGGACCCUGAAGCGCCUUUCAAGACCGUGUUUCUGGCGGUGAGCGUGGACGAUGCCCGCGCGCAUGCUCCAGACGCAGCAGCUGCCGCACGCCCAGAGGCGCUCGAAGGGCACGCCGCCGCGGCGGAGGGGCGCGGCGACGCCGCAGCGCCGCAGGGCGGCGCCCUGCCGCAGCGAGGGCUGGGCGCGUCGAGGAAGCGGAGCAUCGGCUCCACGCCCGGGCUCGCCAGGCUCGCCAGGCCCCUGCGCGGCAGCGCCGGGGGGCCCGGCGUGGGCCGAGACGUCGCCGGAGGCCGCGCCAGCCUGGACGCGGUCGCAGAGGACGUCGCGCCGUCAGUGCACGGGCACUUCGACAUCAAGAAAGGCGAUCCUCUUGAUGCUCAUCGGCGGCGUCCCGAGGGAGCAGCAGGCCGACUACUCCUACAGGAGCACACUUCAUAUUUGCCUCAUCGGCGAGACUGCGACUGCCAAGAGCGUCUUGCUCAGGUGGGCCGCCGCGUUCUCACCGCGCGGCGUGUACGUGUCGGGCUCCUCCUCGUCUGCGGCUGGGCUGACUGCAGCACUCGUGCCAGACGAGAGCGAACUCGACGGCAGGAGCAUUCGGCCAGGAGCGCUGAUCAUGGCGGGAGGCGGCGUGUGCUGCAUCGAUGAUUUCGAGCAGCUGCCCGAGCGCGACCAGGGCUCCAUCCGAGAGGCGAUGGAUCAGCAGGUGGUCUCCCUGUCGAAGGCCGGCGUCCACACGCGGCUCAAUGCGGCCGCAUCGGUGCUGCUGGCUUGCUCUCACGGCGGCCUCGGAGAGUCGGCCUUGAGGGUGGAGGACGUGAUGCCCCUGAACGUCGCGGCCUGCUUCGACCUGACCUUCACCCUGCGGGACGACGUCGACGCCGCGGCCGACGGGGAGGUGGCGAGGUGGAUGGUCGCGAGCGCGUGCGGCCGUCAUGCCCCGUGCCUGUCCGAGGAGCCCAAAGGCCCCCAGGAGGAGCGCCUGCGCCGCCACGUCCGGCUCGCGCGCGGCCUGCGGCCAGAGCUGACGGACGCGGCCAGCGCGCGACUGCAGGACAGCUACGUGCGGUUACGCCAAGCAGCGCGGGGAUCGGAGAGCGCCGCCGCUGGGGCUGCCGCGCCGUCGCCACGCUUGCUCACAGCAUUGAUCCGGCUGUCCGAGGCAGUGGCCCGCGCUCGCCUGGCCUCGGAGGUCCAGGAGGUGGACGUGGACGAGGCGCUGUCCCUGCUGCAGAGCAGCGUCGGCUCGGCCAGUCAGUCUCUGAGAGCUCGCCCGAGCCGCUCGGUGCCGGCGCCCAGAGGGAAGCGAGCAUGCGUGGGGAGCCUCGGCUGAGCCGAGGCAGAAUGCAGCAACAGUAAUUAGUGUUGGUGGGGGCAGCAUAGCAAAA